CAUAUGUCCCCAACAGACAUUGCAUAUUGUUAUUAGCCCUAGUUUGAUGCUAUACUUUCCUACAAAUGCUUAAAUCGUUUUCGUAGUAAAUAUUAAAUUGGGAUAUAAUCAAUGAAUUAGAAUGAUAUCUGAAAUAAUAAACAUCUGCUGGAUUCCAUUUACGGGAUUCAUAUCGUUUUUAAUCCUUCUGUCUGCAAUCAACAAAUCUAUCGGCGUUCGUAAAGCGUAUGUGAACCUCCUCUUAAGGAUAUUCGAGUAUGGUCGAGUCAGCAUAGAAACAGCAUCCAAAGAAAACCAAAAAUUUGAGAGUAAGAGUAAGACUGACAAGAAACUUGGUUUGGAAAUUGUCGAAGAUGAUGAUAACAAAGAAGCUCUCAAUGGAGCGACAUUAAUUACCAGAGAUGCAAUUCUUCUACCACAAGCUCAAGAGAACACACAAGAAAAACAAGUGUCCAGUAAAAAGGAAGAAAUCAAUUUUGACUUUGAAAAAUGUUUGGACUAUGUUAAAUCCGGAAUAGAGGCUAUCAUUGAAGAUGAUGUUACAUCUCGGUUUGAAGCUGAAGAGCUUAAGAGCUGGAAUAUGCUAACCCGUACCAAUAGGCAUUAUGAAUUCAUAUCCUGGAAAAUAACCCUUAUAUGGGUAGUUGGAUUCGUUGUGCGAUAUACCAUAUUAAUGCCGCUACGUGUACUAGUCUGCUUUAUUGGUGUUUUAUUUGCAGUUGUUACAAACAGUAUUGUGGCAUUAAUACCUUAUCGAUUUUUGCGGCACCCCUUAGCGGACUUAUCGUUUAAAAUUACUUUCCGUCUUAUAUCAAGUUCUUUGUCAGCUCUUAUUAAAUUUCAUAAUAAACAAUAUAAGCCCACAACUUCUGGGUUUUGUGUAGCAAAUCAUACCACCCCAUUGGAUGUGGCAAUAUUAUCAACCGACUGCACUUUUUCUUUGGUAGUAUGGUUAACAUUAUGUACAGCGGCAGUGGGAUAUCUAAAGGAUGGAGAACAAAAACGGGCUGUUGUCCAUAAGGUACUUGGGCAAUGUUUUGGUGUCCUAUCCAGCGCAAUCUCCGCUGUGAUUACCUACCAUAAUGAGGAUAAUCGGCCGUCAUCUGGUAUUUGUGUCGCAAAUCAUACAAGCCCCAUUGACGUACUGGUGCUGAUGUGUGACUCAACGUACUCUCUGAUUGGGCAAAGGCACGGCGGAUUCUUAGGUAUCUUACAAAGAGCUCUUGCCAGAGCAUCGCCACAUAUUUGGUUUGAAAGAGGCGAAGCUAAAGAUCGUCAUACCGUCGCAGAAAGAUUAAAGCAGCAUGUUUCGGAUCCAAAUAAUCCACCGAUUCUUAUAUUUCCGGAGGGCACAUGUAUUAACAAUACAUCUGUAAUGCAAUUUAAGAAAGGCAGCUUUGAAGUUGGUGGAGUUAUAUAUCCUGUGGCUAUAAAAUACGAUCCAAGAUUUGGAGAUGCCUUUUGGAAUAGCGCCAAAUACUCGAUGAUGCAAUACCUCUACAUGAUGAUGACAUCGUGGGCAAUUGUGUGUGAUGUCUGGUACCUUCCACCAAUGUAUCGCCAGGAUGGAGAGUCAGCAAUAGAUUUCGCUAAUCGAGUUAAAGGAGUAAUUGCUAAGCAAGGUGGAUUAGUGGACUUGGUGUGGGAUGGACAACUCAAACGAAUGAAGCCCAAAAAGGAGUGGAAAGAAAUUCAACAAGUUGAAUUUGCUAACCGUCUAAAAUCUGAUUGACACUAGUUUAAUAGUUCUACAAAAAGUAUAAUUAAUAUACAUUAAAAUUCUUUUUUCACACCUAAAUAAAUAGCGAAGAGUCAACUGUAUAAAGUA